CGCAAAGACACAUAUCUUAAUCGCAACACCUCUCCAAAAUAUUAUGUUUAUGUGAAUAUCGCAUAUGUUAUAUACACUUGUAAGAAAAAAUCAAAGUCUGACAAUCAUACUAACAUGCUGACUUUUUCGAAAUAUGAUACAAAUAAGAUUUUUGAAGAUAACCCCAUAGUUUUUUUAGAUCUCGCAAUCGGCCCCGAAAAAGUGGGAAGAGUCAUAAUAGAAUUAUUUAAGAAUAUCGUGCCACAAACCGCUGAGAAUUUUCGUGCACUAUGCACCGGCGAAAAAGGUGUUGGAACAAAGGCCAAGAAGUUGCAUUACAAAGGAAGCAUCUUUCACAAAGUUGUCCCACAGUUUAUGAUCCAAGGUGGGGACAUUGUUAAUUAUAAUGGGACCGACGGAGAAAGUAUUUAUGGUCCUUAUUUCGAUGAUGAGAGUUUUGUAACAAAACAUAAGUACAGUGGAUUACUUAGUAUGGUAAAUGAAGGAAAGCCAAAUACCAACAGUUCUCAAUUUAUCAUCACUGUUCAACCUUCCAUACAUCUGGAUAAGACUAAUGUAGUAUUUGGAAAAGUUAUAAAAGGUAUGGAUGCUGUGUUGGAAAUCAAUAAAGUAGCAACAGAAAAGCAUGUUCCACUUGAGAAAGUAAGUAUAAUCGAUUGUGGGGAAUUGGAAAAAGAUGCAAAUUGGGAACUGGAAGAGAAUGAGGAAUCUCAGGAUAUUUAUCCAUCAUGGCCAACAGAUUGGAUUUAUCCUGCCCAUAAUCUCAAUUACAAAUAUAUGGAAGAAGUCAUAAUGAAGAUAAAAGACACUGGAAAUGAUUAUUUUUUAAAAGAAAAUUUUAUAGAUGCUGGUAGAAAGUAUAAAAAAGCAUUACGGUAUUACCAUUGGAUGACUAAGCAGCAAAACAUGACAGACACAUUUUAUGCUUCUUUAGAAAAUCUUAAAUUGAUUUUGUUACUUAAUCUAGCUGCUGUAAAAUUAAAGCAGAAAAAGCAUCAUGAAGCUAUAUAUUUUUGUGAAGAGGUUCUAAAAGUGGACAAAACUAAUCACAAAGCAUUACAUCGAAGAGCACAAGCCUAUGAGAGCAUGAAUGAAUAUGAAUCAGCGUUAAAAGAUUGGGAGAAAGUGUCUGAGCAGUAUCCCAAUGACAACAAUCUUAAAUUGAAAAUAAAGAAAGCAAAAGAAAAAAUAAAUUCUUACCUAAAAAAUGAAAAAUUAACAUAUAAAAAUAUGUUCCGUGAGUACAUCUUUUACUCAUAA